AAGCCGAAACUCAGAAGGCAUUAUCCCAGUUUAUCCGCUACGAGCAGAAGAACUUUGUUUCCCUGUAUGACUACCACUGCCAGGGAAGCGUGGAGUCAUGGGGAUGUGUCUUCACUGUGACCAACCUGAGAGCCGCUGCCAAGUUGUGUCUGACCGAUGACCAUUGCCAGGCGUUUGUAGCCUUUUCCCUCCAUCCUGAAGCUGAAAAUGUAAUGAAAGUUGUGCUGAAGAAUGCAGUAGAUACUAAACCAUCAGUAGAUUUUAAAACUACGCUGUUCAUCAAACGAGGACAAGAAAAAACAUUAGAAAAGGAUGAAAGCAGGACUCAGCAGGAUCAGAGUCAGGGUAGAGAAAGUGUGCCGACCAUGGGAGUUCAAACCUGUCUGAAUCAAGUCAUGCUUGGUCAAGUGUCCGGUCGUAAUAUCUUGGAGAAAAGUUUGAUGAAUCAUCUAGGAUAUAAAGGUUUAAAAGAGCAAGCAUGGAAGAAAGCAGCCAGUAAACAAGAUUUCAAGAGUCCCUUGGAGAUGAUGAAGUCUCUCGGCAGAGGAGGCAAGUUUGUGCUGAAUUUUGUCAACCCGUCAAAGGACAGGGAUGGCACAGCGAAAAAGAUUAUGUUCAUAUCUGAAGAUGGCCCACGUGCUUACCACAAGGCAUAUGCCAUUCUCUAUCAGUUGGACAGGAUUUUAGGGCUGUACCACACACCCCCUUGUGUGGGCCAUCGUCUUUCAUCUGAUGUUGUUGAGUAUCAUCAUCACAACAUUGUGUGGGAUGAGACUUUUCGAUCCCUGAUAUCACCGGAUGGGACACUGUCAGGCAUACUAGCUGCUCCCGCCCCGACUGGCUUUAGUGACAAAAUGUUGACUCUGCAGCCCCUGAAAACCAUGACAUGGGAGAUCACAGCCUUUGAUAAGUCCAGCAGACUUCAGUUAGAGUAUGUUCUUCUGAUGUGGUUGGGCAGGAUGGAGAAGUCGACUGAGCCUCUUGCAUUUAAAAAUCAUUUCAUCCAUUUCAGUGCAGACACAGCGUUUACCAGCUUGGGGACUGAUAUGUCAGUGUAUGAAGUGUUGCAAUGUUUCCGAUGUCACACUGAGGGCCAGACCACCAGUAGCAAAGUCUGCUAUUUAGGAGAUGAGGUCAUGAGACGGACACGUGCCAUGUUUCCUGACGAGCCUAAUGUUUGGAUUCAAUCACUGAAAGAAAGUGACCUUGAGACGGCCAUGAACUCUGCAGCCACGUCUGCCAUGCAUAUUGUGGAUACCUGUAUCGAUUAUUUCGGACGAGACCAUGUAUUGUACUGA